AUGAAAAUUUGUCAAAACCGGCCCAAUUCCGGGCAAUUUUCGGCGGCAGACGUGACGGUGAUGGCGGGGAAAGGAUUCGGGUUCAAAGGUGGUGGCGGCCUAGUCCUUCUUAUGUCAUUGUCGUGGGUUGAGGUGGUUGAAUGUGGUGGUUAUGGAGGGACGGAGUAUCGGGAAGGGGAAGGGUCGAAGGAGAGAAAGGAACUGAGAGGUAGGGGAGGCCGGGUCCUACGUCGGUUUCGUGGGUUGAGGUGGAUGGAUGUGGUGGUUAUGGAGGGAGGGAGUGUCGGGAGGAGGCGGCGUCGAAAGAGAGCUGAGGGUCGAAGGAAAGAGAGGAAGUGA